UACCAGUAUCGGCCGUGAAGCACCUAGUCUUAUAUUAGCCGUUUAUCUUCUUCUUGUGGAAUAGCCUGACGGUGCUCAAGGCUUGGGGCAUCACUAUAAUAUCUACACAGAUCAUGCCCUCUCUUCUCGCCACUCGAGUUACACCUCCCUCUUUUCAAGCUACAAGCUACUCCAUUUCUAUUACACAGGCACAUCAGCAAUCAUAGAACAUAUCGUUGCAUUCACUAUAGAACAUGCCUUCAGAGAUUCAGAAAAGAAAACGUCCUGUUGCUGCUUGCCAACCAUGCUACUCGAAAAAGCAGAAGUGUGACCAUCAAUAUCCCUGCUCCAACUGUGUCAGGAGAAGACUACCAGAACUAUGCAAUUACACCUUCGCAGACAACGAUAACGCGCAAUCCAAACCAAAGUCUGCUCCACAACGAAGUCCCAAACGACCUGCUCAUGGCUCGCAAUCACCGACAUCCUCCGAUGAUCUGAUGGAUAGUAGCUCAUCCUCACCUCUGCCAGCUUUGGACUUGGAUAGCAACACACCUUAUGAAGCUAAUCUGUCUUCUUGUCUUGGCUAUUUUGAGGGGAGCAAGUCCAAUCUUUUUAGUCUUAUGGAUAAGUUCGAUUUGCUGAACACCAAAGAGCUAGACGCGGACCUCUCUGGUGUUAUUCCCGACGCCAACAUGCCAGAAAUCAAGCUGUGCCUGGACAUGUUUCCAAAACGCCCAAUCAUCAACUGUCUUGUACAGCAUUUCAUUAAAGAAGUGAACUGGUUGUACGAGAUGAUCCAUCCAACUUUGUUCCUAAACAAGUAUGAACAGUGGUGGAAGUCUGUCCCAGGAUCCAGCGUUGAUAGCCUUGACUUCGGCAUCCUUAUACUUCGCAUUUGUGCCUACAGCGCUCAAUUUAUUCCAUCAGGUACGCACAGUGGAGACACGAUACGCAAUGUCCCAGUAAAUACAGUUCGUCAGCAUUGUGAUAAGCUGGCUACUAGAUUAUGGCGCCUCGUCGAACAGAUCGAAGGUCCAAAGUCAUUGACAUGUGUCCACCACCUCUUCUAUCACGCAUGUUACAUGCAGAAUGAGGGUUCCAUGCGAGAUGCCUGGUACAUCCUAGGAAACGCCAUCCGGGUGACUCAAGAUCUAGGAAUGCACUUGGAAGAACCACUUCGGUCACAAACGCCAUUGAAUGACCUUGAGAAGGACAUGAGACGCCGUGCAUUCUGGAACCUCUAUAUCUGGGACCGUUUCCUGUCCCUUGUCCUGGAUCGAUCGCCAUGUAUUCCAGAGGAGCAUUACUGCAGUGUCGACUUGCCUAAGAUGCGGAUACUUUCGGGCGCACAACAAAAUACGAACGCACCAGACGUUUUCACUGAGCGUAUACUACAAGCCAAACUCAGUAAACUGUGGUUUUCGCUCGUACCCGCCAACAGGGCAAAACCCGACAUUUACGAUCCAAGCGUAGCUGAGGAGGUCUAUGAGAAGCUCUGCCGUGAGUUCGUUGCAGAGCUGCCUCUAGUGUUCAGUCUCCAGAGUCCAGAUACUCAAUGGGAUCAGCAAAUUCCGAUGCUUGCUCGUCAGCGCCAAACUCUCAAGAUCUCUGUCUUUGUCAUCCUCUGCCAGCUCUUCCAGCCAUUGCUCCACUUAUCGACCGAGCAAAUUCAGACGAUGCCUCACUACAAACGUGAUCUCAUCACCACUCAUCGCAAUCACCUGGUGACGUCAUGUGUUUCUUUGCUUGAGGGUGUAUCCCAACUUCAUGAUUUGAUGGGCAACACACCAGCACGUUUCCAUUUGCUCAGUUUCUUCUCUUUCGAGCCAGCAAUGUUGUUGGCAAUGUACGUCAUGAGUACUGCAAUGAGCCACAAGGCCCUUACCAAAGCCCGCGAACAGGAUGGGCGUCGCCAUCUCUUUGCUUCGCCCCCUAUGACGCCGACAGUCGCCUCAAUUGAUAACCCUAAAGGCGUCUUGACUGCCACAGAGUGCCGCGUCCACAUUGAAACGGCUCUCCAGCGUCUGACCUUGUUGCAGGAGUCUACCAUGAUCGCGAGAGUCUCGGCUCGCAAACUCAAGGAAGUCCUAGCCAAGCUUGAUUCACUAUCUGCUGAGCCCAAUAUCGGCAGUGAUGAUGAGGCAAUAGACAACGACCGACUGACUCCGGCUACAAGACAUACACACUCUACUUCUGUUUCUAGUGCUCUUGGUAAAAAGAAAGCAAACUCUUCUACCACUGAUACAGUCAGUACUACGAACUGGUUAAGCCCAUUCGAGGUACCGGCCGUGACUACUACCACGCCUACGUCGACUCGCCAACACGGCCAGUCCGUCGGUCAAACAUCUCGUCGAACAUCGCGUCCACAACUCUCCCGUAUGCAUUCCUUCGCAAGCAUGACAUCCGUCAGUCUCGAUUCACCGCCUGUCCAGGGGCAUAGUCAUGGGCGCGAAAUGAGCACAUACCGUCCCAAUCAUCAAAAUGCAUAUUCACACUCGCACUCCACUUCUCUCUCUCUACCACAUGCCAUGAUCCUGGACGGAACGUCAUCGCCUCACCACGGUUGGCAUCUGACCUCUCCGCCGCCGGCAUUCAGUCCGAACGGACCUUGUUUAUCUGCACCAGUCGACGGAUAUCACACGAACACGUUCUCAAAUUUCAGCUGCCAUGACUCCGGUAUAGGGGACAGUGUUAGUAGCGCUCACUCAAGUGUUCAUUUCGGAUUCGAUAAUGGCCAGUGGCCAGCGUUGUAUGAUGAAAAUGAGGCAAGUAAUGGCCUGGGUGUCUUUGUGGGUGAUAUGAGCGAACAAUUCGUCGAUUCUAGGAAGGGGUAUUUUGAUUCGACCAGAAGUGUAAGGUGUGAUAGCGGCGUUGGGGACGUGCCAGAGACCACCGAUUUUGAUGAUGGCAUGGAGGCCAAAUGAAGUCAUGCGGGCCUAUCCUUUCCUUUGCGGUCUUGUUUACAACCCUUUAUUCGUAAUAUUUAUCAAACAGCUCACGGCCGCUUCCUUGUCAAUAUUGGCGUUGAUGGUGUUUCUUAACCGCUUUCCUUUGUCUCUCUUUCGUCUAUCUUACCAGUAUAUACCCGCUCAUGUCCUGAUGCCCUUUCUUUAGUUUUACUAUGAUGUCGCAUAUAUUUUUUCAUAUCUGGUGUUUUUAUCAUGUACACUUCAAUGGGUGAUGCAUAGCUGGCUUGCCCGGAGGAAACCAUGACUCAGCUUGUACGUUAUCAAGACAUAUCCAUUAACGCUUG